AUGGCAGGCGAAGAUGAAGCAGAGACUAUAAGGUUGUACAUAGGGAACAUCUCAAAACAGCUUUCAGAUAAUCUUACACCAUUGGUGGAUCGUCUUGAAAGAUUUGGCAAGCUCAACUCAGAAAUUGAACUAAAGUGCAAAGAGACAUUUCAAGAUGUGAAUUACUUUGGGUUUGUGCAAAUCAAUAUAUCUCCAAACCAGUUCAAGAAGCUAUCAGCUGCGUUCCAUAAAGUGAAAUUCAUGAAUAGUAUGUUGGUGAUUCAGAAAGCCAAGCCUUCGUUCAACGAAACUCACGCCCAGCAGCUCGAUUCAAUCAUAAAAGAGGAAUCAAAAGCUGAAAAAGAGCAUAAUAUCAGUGAAGCAAAAUCUGCCAUUUUGAAAUCACAUAUCCAACAAGGCCAGCUUGAUAAGACAAAGAGACUUCGAGAUUAUUUUUUAGUAGAGCAAGGUGCUAUACGGAAGACCCCUAGAGUGAAGAACAACAGUAGAAGAAAAUUGAAUAUCAGUGAUAUAACAUACCGUGUGAAGUUCAAGAUAUAUGACAAUGAAACCAAGAAAUGGGUACAUGUGAAGAAAAUUAUAAAGGCAAAUCACAAGCAAAAGUUGUGGGGUUAUGACAAAAACAAGCAUAGAGUUGAUUUGGUGUACAAAUAUCAAAAUGGGGUUUGGAAAGAUGGGAAUAACCAUAUUGUUGAACGGCUUGCAAAGAAGAGAAAUAUCGGGGAUCUUGAGAAGACAGUGGAUGAUGCAGCUUUAUUAGUGGAUAGCCAACAUACAAAGCAAGAAAUCAAAAAGACAAAAUCUGUGUUGGAUGAUUUUCUCAGUUCAUAUAAUUUUGAGAAACCUAUUGAUUUCAAUUACGAUGAUGAUAGGAAAGAAAAAUUGGCUUCUAACCGUGAGAAGGUCGAUUAUGAGGCGGACACUCGUCAUAUGGUGCAUGAUUUUGAAGAUGAAGAUGAAGACGACGAGGAAUUUAAUUUCAAGUUCAACAGAGACAUGGAUAAUGAAAUUGUCACAAACGCCACUGAAACUUUGAAAUCAGUCUUUAAUCCUGAAGACGACAAAGAUGAAGAGACCAGGGACGAAGAGUCUGCUGGUGGAUUUGCUUUCAACUUGGCUGAUUCGGAUAUUGAAGAUAUCGAGCCAGUAGAAGAAGAAAUUGCUCCAAGAGCUUCUAUUGUUGCUGAUGUGGAGGAGCAGGAGACUGAAGUAGAACCUCAAAUUAAAUUGAAAGCUCUUUUCUUCCCACAUUUUGAUUCGCCGUUCUUAGUCGCACAAACGCAGUUGAACAAGUUGAUUUCUUAUAACCCAAUGAAUAACUCCAAUUACGAAUCUAUUGUUAACUGGAAGAAAGAUUUCAAUGACAAUAGGGUAGAGCUUAUGAAGGGAUUCAAGAGACGGAAAAGAGAUGUAAUCCGUCAUAAUACAAAAAGGUAA